GCGUUACUAAGUGGGUUUUGUGUAAUUUUUGUUUACCGGUAAAUUUAUCACAAAUCGGUUGCAAAAAACUUUAUAAUAACCAUGACCGCUUUUGAAGAAUUUGGGGUUCUCCCAGAAAUUGCCAAGGCUCUAGAAGAACUAGAUUGGACACUACCAACAGAUAUUCAGGCUGAAGGCAUACCCCUUGUCCUAGGAGGCGGAGAUGUUCUUAUGGCUGCAGAAACCGGCAGUGGAAAAACUGCUGCGUUUUGUUUACCAGUUAUACAGAUAGUAUGGGAGACUAUAAAGGACAUCCAGUCGGGAAAAGCUGCCAAGGCAGCAACAGAGAGCAUGUCUCCGCCAUGGACAAUGUCGACUCUAGAUAGAGGGAAUGCUCUAGCAGUCUCCCCCGAUGGUCUGAGGGUUCAAUCACGAGAGCAGAAAGAGUGGCAUGGGGUUAGGUGCACAAGAGGUGUCAAAUCUGGCAAAUGGGGCUUCGAAGCUACUGUUACAGACGAGGGUUUAUGUAGAGUAGGCUGGUCCUCCUUGCAGGCAAAUUUAGACCUUGGGACUGACAGGUUUGGAUAUGGUUUUGGAGGCACAGGAAAGAAGUCAAACAAUAAGCAGUUCGACAAUUAUGGAGAACCAUUUGGAAAAAGUGAUGUGAUAACAUGCCUGUUGGACGGAGAUAGUGGAGAAAUCAAAUUUUUGAAAAAUGGUGUGGAUCUUGGAGUUGCAUUUCGUGCUGAUAAGAAAAUCAUUGGCGACGGUUUGUUCCCUGCAGUUGUCUUGAAAAAUGCUGAAAUGGCUUUCAAUUUUGGAGACAAACCCUUCAAACACAGCUUACCGAAUGGUUACCAGCCUGUCAAUUCUGCAGCAGCUGACAAGGUUGUUUCAAACACCAACGGACAGGGGGGAGCUGGUGCAGCAGCAACAAAACUGAUCAAUAAUGCACCUCAGGCGAUAAUUAUCGAGCCAUCCAGAGAACUGGCUGAACAAACCAGUAACCAAAUACAGAAGUUCAAGAAAUAUCUAGAAGACCCUAAAAUUCGUGAGCUGCUAGUAAUUGGAGGAGUAAACGUAAAGGAGCAAAUAUCAUUUUUACAAAACACAGGGGCCGACAUCAUUGUAGGUACCCCUGGAAGAUUGGAAGAUCUGAUUCAAGGAGGUUAUCUAUCAUUGGCAAACUGUAGGUUCUUUGUGCUCGACGAGGCCGAUGGAUUGUUGAAGCAGGGUUACACUGAUCUAAUCGAAAGACUGCACAGAGAGAUGCCCAAAAUCACCUCCGACGGACGUAGGCUGCAAAUGAUUGUUUGCAGUGCUACCCUUCAUGCUUUCGAAGUUAAAAAAAUGGCCGAAAAGCUGAUGUAUUUUCCUACCUGGGUGGAUCUUAAAGGAGAGGACGCGGUACCUGAAACUGUCCACCAUGUUGUCGUUAACGUUGAUCCCCAGCAAGAUAAGAGCUGGCAGAAUUUAAGCAAAUUCGAUUAGACAAAAACAUCCAAGAUACAAGAAUUUGCUUGAACCCGAAACGAAAGCAAUCAACACUCUUUUCAAUUUUUUGCAGGAGAAUAUACGAUUCGAGCCAUUGAUGUUCACAACAUGGACCGAGCUAUCAUAUUCUGUCGAACCAAACUAGAUUGCGACAAUCUAGAAAAAUACAUGAAGCAGAUCGACAGAAAUCAUUAUUCUUGCGUGUGCCUUCAUGGUGAUAGAAAGCCGCAUGAAAGGAAAGCUAAUUUAGAAUCAUUCAAAAAAGGGCAAGUUAAAUUCCUCAUCUGUACCGAUGUGGCAGCUAGAGGUCUAGACAUAACAGGGUUGCCUUUCAUGAUCAAUGUAACACUUCCCGAUGAAAAAUCGAAUUACGUUCAUAGAAUCGGUCGUGUUGGACGGGCCGAAAGAAUGGGAUUGGCCAUCAGCUUAGUCAGUACUGUACCGGAAAAGGUCUGGUACCAUGGGGAAUGGUGCAAAACGAGAGGAAGAAACUGUUGGAACACCAAUUUGACAGAUGUCAAAGGAUGCUGUAUAUGGUACAAUGAACCUCAAUUCAUCGCCGACAUUGAGGAACAUUUGAAUGUGACAAUCCAGCAAAUAGGGCCCGAUAUAGUGGUUCCACAUGACGAUUUUGAUGGUAAAGUCGUUUACGGUGAAAAACGAAAAGGUAUGGGUUCAAAUUAUGAAAAUCACACUGCCCAGAUGGCUCCUAUAGUCAAGGAAUUGACUAAGUUAGAGAGUGAAGCACAAUUGCUUUACGUUAAAAGGCAUUUAACGAAAUUAACUAGAUCGUAUUAACUUCAUGACGAGAUUAAACUUAAGGUACUUGUGUCCAUUGUAUUUUAAUCAAUGUUAAAUAAUAUACAAAAUGAAGUCAUGAAUCUGAAUGUUUUUUCUAUUUAUCACAGAAAUAUGUCAAUAUAAAAUACAACAUU